GCCGCCAAAACUGGGUAAAUUUAGCCUCCACAGCCGGUCGUGGCCCCCUAAUUUAGCGAUCUUAUUAUUUUGGCCAAGCUACAUAAAUACUGAACUCCCCAAAAUCCUUACAUUAUAAACCGGUUUUUAAAAAUUCUCCGGCCUGGUAUCUCUUUUCCCUUCUUCACAAACCAUGUCCGAGUCACUAUUGAAGUCCAAACAGUUUAGAAGUAGGAAGAAUUUGAAACUGCUUUCCAUCUCGUCACCCAUUUUGGAAGCCUCAAACAGCGCAGCUGUCCCCAAAACACUUUUAAGUCCCACAUCCUAUUUUUCCAACUCCUUAUCGCUCAGCACCUUGAGCUUGUCAGACGAUAGAAGCAACACUUUGCCCACGGGGCGGGCCCAUUCAGUGGAUGCCUUGGUCUCUUCUCCAGUGUCUGUUGAUGCAAGCUUUGGCACUAUUAUUCUUCUGGCCAAAUACGAUUUCUGCGCUGAAAACGCCGAGGAGUUGAGCAUACGGCGUAACGACUACUUGAAGCUCAUCGACAGACCGGGGGAUGGGUGGCUUCGGGUCAGAAACGUCUCCAAUAAACGCAUAGGCUUAAUUCCUGCCAGCUACGUGAAAAUCGCAGUCAACGACCUCAUUUCUCCUAUAACCCAUGCAUGGCUCACCGAUGUGCUGGCGGUGGAUGCCGACUCCACCGCCGACUCCAGAGAUUUGUUUGACUUUGAAAAACACCCGUCGAUCAAGCACGUAAACGUAUCUCAGGUAUUACUGUCACAAGACCGUUUCUGGUACCGAGUAGACUUGAAAAUGCUGGAUAAUUCCAACAUAUAUUUGCUUAAAUGCUACCAAGAUUUCUACAACUUGCACUACAGUUUGUCAGUAUUGCACCACGAUAACCUUCCAGCGUUCCCCCAGCCGUUCAACUCGGUUCACCAUUCGGUUAAGGACAAAAAGUAUAUGGAAAGGCUUCUUGUGCGGUGCAACGAAUUGAACGUCUACAUGAAUAAAUUGGUGAAGCUCGGGUACUACUCUGACUCCGAUGAGUUGACGGAAUUUCUUAGUGUCCAUCCUCGUGUGGUAAACCCAGAAAACACCGAUAGUCGGUCCAUCAAUCACCAAUUGUGCGCGGGAGCCGUGAGUGUCUUCGACCUGUUUCAGUCGCACCACGACGCCUCGCGCAAGUCGUCGUCUUCCGCAGUGCCAGCGCUGGUGGUGGAAAGCCCCAGCCUACUGAGUUUUUCGCUGCUUAUCGACUCGUACGAAAAUAGCAGUUUUUCCUCCACUGCUGCCAGCACCGGCACCCAACAACAAAACUAUAAAUAUUCCAGUGGUUGUAAGGUCGACACCGAGUCGAUUUUCUCCAAACUGCCGGUUACACCUGUCAACGAUGGUGGCCGGUUUGAUGAGGUGACUACGCCCAUCACCCCAGUAACUCCCAACACCCCCGAUUUCGCAGCCUCCAAUUUUGACACCUUUAAACCACAAUCUGAGUACGUUAAGGUCAAGGUUCUCUUCAACAAUGAGGACAACGACAUCAUUGUGCUCAAGGUACCCCGGGACAGUCUCACUUCCCUUGGCGACCUAAAGAAAAUCAUCAGCUACAAAAUUUACAAGGACGAAGACCUCACCAAUCACUAUCGGUUGACGGUCAAAGACCAGGCUCCGGUUGCCGAUACCCAGCUCCUUCAGCUCGUACGAGCCAGCACCAAGGUGACGUUAAACUUGGUCAGAAUAAGAGGUUCCAUUUGAGUAGUUAUGAAUGUACUAUAAUUUUGAUAGCUAUCCUGUAUCGCGAAGGGGCGGCCCCUUCAGGCUGCGAUGUCUGCGUGGAGUCGCCCAGAUUGGGGGCAGAGAUGUUUCACAAGCUUUUUCUCUACGAAACUGGGCCAUAAAAUAGUGGUAAAAUCUGAUAAAAUCAUGAGCUAAUCUAUCAAAUACCUACUAUAAGGUACACAGAUCACUGACCAAUGACUGGCAGGUUUAGACCCUUGAAAUUCCACAAUUAAGUUUCCCCAGUUAGAUGCAAGAAAUAUUUUCACCGCGCAAAAAAUAACCUAAAAAGAACUUCAAGAUGCCUUAGUUAAUCGGGUGCCCCCAUCAAUCUAGACUUUAUAAACUGCCCUUGUGCCAUUUUCUUGUAUUCAUAGAGUUUUGUCUUUCUUUCAUCUUUCAUCCAUCAUGUCCCGGCACUCUGUCGAUUCGCUCUUUUCCAAUUGUGCUGGUCCCCUAGCGUCACCAGCGUCGUCGCACUUUGAUAUUACCAGCCAUGAAAAGCCCAACACCAAUAGUUUGAAGAUUCAUAUGACCCUGGCAUCCCGGGCCACCGCCAUACGACUUCGCAAAGACAAGCUUAAAGGAUUAGCAGACUUGGUGAAAGUAGUGGAGGCCAAGUUUUGCCUGUUUAACCAUUUGUACUUGGAUUUUGCAAACAAAGACCUCAAGCCGAUGGCGGUGGAUAUGUUUUUACAGGAUAUUAUUAUGGAGUAUAUUCUGGCAAAGGACCGGAUAUAUAUCCGGGUGGAGUAGGCAAGAGGGUGGUAUAGUUUAUAGAUAAUAGUGGACAAUUGCGUCCCAGGGUAUAAUUUAGAAGGUUUGGAAAUGUACGGUACGAAGUCGUAAAU